UGAUGUGACCAGCUGGUGACCUAUACCACGUUAUUCCAAUAGGGGUUAUAGUACUUUACAAUUUCCGUGAUUUCGAGCACGUCGUGUUCCAGUGCCCGAUGCGAGGUUCGAAUAUCUCUGCGAGUACUUCAAGCCUGUGAGCAAGGUGCCGGCCUUCCUCAACGUGGUGGACAUCGCCGGGCUGGUGCAAGGCGCCGCGGAGGGCAAGGGCCUGGGCAACGCCUUCUUGUCGCACAUCAAGGCUUGCGACGCGCUCUUCCACCUAUGCCGCGCGUUCGACGACCCGGACGUGACGCACGUGGAGGGCGAGGUGGACCCCGUGCGCGACCUGGACAUCAUCAGCGAGGAGCUGCGCCUCAAGGACGAGGAGUACCUGCUGGGCCACCUCGACAAGAUGGAGCGCACCGACAUGCUCUGCAAGUUCAAGACGAUGAUGGUGGAUGAGAAGACGCAUCUGCGUUUUGGAGACUGGAACGCUAACGAGAUUGAAUGCCUUAAUAAGCACCCAUUUAUCACGACGAAACCAGUGGUAUAUCUCAUCAACUUGUCAGAGAAAGACUAUCUCAAGAAGAAGAACAAGUUGUUGAAGAUUAAGGAGUGGGUUGACAAACACGAUCCCGGAGCUACGAUCAUCCCUUUCUCAGGGGUGUUUGAAAACAAGCUUGCAGACAUGGAGGAACCAGAGCGGGCACGUUUCUUGGAGGAAGUUAAAUCAACGAGUGCUCUGGAGAAAAUCAUCGUACAGGGCUACAAGGCACUGCAGCUGCAGUACUUUUUCACUGCAGGCGCCGACGAGGUCAAAGCUUGGACCAUUCAGAAAGGAACUAAAGCUCCACAAGCUGCUGGUAAAAUUCAUACUGAUUUUGAAAAAGGAUUCAUUAUGGCUGAAGUGAUGAAAUAUGAUGAUUUCAAGGAAGAAGGGUCUGAAACGGCAGCUGCUGGGAAAUAUCGUCAACAGGGUAGAAACUAUGUUGUUGAAGAUGGAGAUAUUAUUUUUUUUAAAUUUAAUGCAGGAGCAGGUUUGAAAGAUGCAAAAAAGAAAUGAUGGCAGGGAGUUCUUGUUGUGCUGCUUGUACACCUGUAUCUCAAUAUGGUGCUUUUUUCGUAUUGCAGCCUCCUAAAAUGAUGAUUUGAAAUGAUUUCAUGAACAUUACCCAAUUCCAUCAUUGAUGUGAUGUUUUGUUUUAAAACCUGAUUUUUUUUAAUGCUCUCCUGUUUAAAAUGAUUUUUUUAAAGUGUUAUAUACAUUCAUAUUUGAUCCUUUUCCAUAAUUCAUGAAUUUUACUUUUUUAUGAGCUUGAAUAUUUUCUAUGUUUUUCCUUUCUUCAGUGAAGAUUUUCUUAAAUUAACUACAGAUUUCAGUGAUGUUGUCCAUGUUAGCAAAUAUUUGCAAUUUUCUUUACUUUGUUUAUCAGUUAAUUUAUCUUACAAGUGAAUGUAAAAUUCAUUCUAUUUAAAAAUGAAUGUCUGAAGUCAAUUGUAUAGUAUCUUCAGUGUUGAAAUGUUUUAAAAUAGCUAAAUGAACAAUUAAACAAAUUCCUACAUUAUUUCACCCUCCACAGUGGCACUGUUAAUGGUCUUGGAAAAUAAGAUGUAGAAUUCUAUGAAAAUACACUGUUGUAAUGAAAGAUAAUAACAGACUUUUUGUACUUUGUAAAACUGGAAUGUCACUAUUUUAAUAGCAAUUCCAGAAAUUGCAGCACUAUGCUUUUAUUCAUUGCAUUUUUCUUAGUGUCUUUUUUUUUUAAGGGGGGAGGGAUAUAUGUAGUAUUUCUUUUCAGUCAUGACAUGCACAUGCAGUCCAGAAUUUUGCUGAACAAGCCUAUUGAAUGGAGAAAUAUUUUUGUAUAUUCUGUUUACAAAAUUGUCUUUUGCUGAAUAAUAAUAAUAAUAAUAAUAAUUGUCUAUUUAUUGGAGAAGGAUUGACUGAUAUUGAGUCAUGUCAUGCUUUUUUGUUGGAAAACAAUAAAAUAUGACUCAUUGUAAAAUAAUGUAUUUGAAAUAAAAACUUAAAAUUGCACUGAUACUUAUUUACUGAAGGA